CCUAUUUUGUAUUGUAUAUAUCAUUUGCAGGGGUCGUGUCCAGCUUGUAGGCAGGAUUUCAUGGGUAUCAAGAACCGGGCAAUCCGCUGUGCAGGGUGUGGUAACAUUGUGUGGUACCCUGAAGACGACGUAUUUUCAAGAGGCGGAGGUGCCGGUGGUAAGAAAGGAACAAAACCUUCAAAGUCAGAUCCUAAUGUAAUCGACGUGGAAUUUGAAGAGAAAUAAUGUGGCGUCGUGGGGAUGGUGAUCUGAAUAACAUAAGGAUAUUUCAAGCCUUUUCCAGGUACUGUGAACUCUUAGACACACCAGAAGGAUGGAAAUUAGAAUUGUUGUAGGGAUCGGAAGCGGAAAAGAGGAAAGGGAAUUAUAGCUUCUCCAGUUUUGCAUUUGUCUGUGGUUCUAUAUAUUUGUAUUUCAGCCUGACUGCAGGAGCAUGUCAAUUGGAAUAGUUUUAAGGGAGUCUCAGUAUAAGAAGAAAAAUGCUUUGUACAGAACGCAGCCUAUUCGUAUUAUUAUUUUUUUCCAUGUAAUAGUACAGCAGUUGCUACAGGAGCUAUAAAUAAUUUCAUGUGUUCAAGGGGUGAAAAUUGGAGGUGAUAGCAAGGAUUUCAAUAAGUUUUACUUCCUCGAGUUAUGUACGACAUUUUCCGCUUUUUAUUGCCCCGUCUUUAAAUCUCCUCUUUAAUCAACCCUGAUAUGAGUCUAAGCCCCGUGAAAGUCUAGGUUCUUGUGAUCAAAGGCACGCAGUAAUAACUAAAUGUUGGAUAGCUCGAAUUGAGCUUCAAAGUUCAAACUAGCAUAAAAUUAUAGGAAUACGUGGAGAAACCAAUCAAACAACCUUGCACCGGGAAGGAGGGUUAAUUGGUAUUGAUAGAUACUUGCCGCAAUCUAGUAUGAUUGCUUGAUUGAAAGAGUCUUACAAAACCUAUUUUGGAAUCUUCAAUAGAAUGGUUUAAAUAAGAAUCUUCAAUAACUAUGGAAUCCACCAAUAGCUAAGACAAUUAAUCAUAAGCACGCACGCACGAUCCAUUGGAAAAACACCAUGGUGUAAAAUUGGUAUUCAGCAAAGUAUGAUCGUAACUCACGGUUUACAUGAUACUUAAAUAGAAAACUAAUAACUAAAACACACGACUAACUAACUAACUAACUAACUAACUAGAAAAACAAUUAAAAGAACGAGCUAACUGUGACUCUAACUAAGGAAACACAAUCCGCCUCCUACAAGGUAACUCAUUCGCAGUUAGGCCUUCCCAACCCGAAAUUGUUCGGGGAUUGCUAUUCGUCGCCCUAACUCUUUAUUUGCCGCCCUAACAUUCAUUAAAAUGACUUAAAUAUCCUUAGCCCAUAUCAUGACAGGAAGCGAGCUAAUUGCCCAAAGGUAAACACGAAAACUAAUGCAUAAUAAAGCAUACUGGCCAUUCUUCAUGCACAAUUAUAUAUGCUUUAAUUUCAUUAGUGAUUCUGGUUUCCAUACGGAAUCAACUGAGGAAGCAGGCAUCGAUGGUAAUUAGUAGUGGGAAUCCUUAUCUGAAAAUGCAAUGCAGAAGCAGAAAUGAAUCCUGUUUUGGAAGCCAUGCAGAAGCAGAAAAUGGUCGGCGACCUGCCUAUGAGCUCUCCGGCGAGGUGGGGGAAUGGGAGCGGCGGCGGAUUGGGAGAACGGCAGCAGUGGUCGUACGAGGAGUGGCGGCGGGUUGGGGGAACGACAACAGUGGUCCAAGUUAGGGAUUACCGAUUGAAUUUGGGUAAAAGGAUAUAAUUGUCAAUAUAGUAUGAUUUAGUGCGAAAUAAUUUAAAUUUUAGGGCGACAAAUAGCAAUUCAGAAUUGUCCUCCAAAAUAUUGCCACAAUGGUUCUUAAUCUUCUUGCCAAUUCCCUCCUUGAGUCUACCUUCAACGAACUUGACAAUUGCAUCUAGAACCUUCACUUCACAAGCCAUCAAAUGAACUAACUUGUGCUUGAAGUGAACAAGCUCAAAAUGAAUUAAUGAACAUGGCUCUUGAUCUCUUCUCCACAAUGCACAUUGCCAACGGAUUUGCAUCGGUCCCUCUUCGUUAGAGAAGGUUUGUCCUCAAAACAAGUGAAAAACAAGAGAAUACACUUCCAAUUUCGAACUCAACUAAGACAUCAAUUGUCAUAACUGGACAGCCCAUUAGUACGAAAUUGUCCGCUUUGGGCCAAGCCCGCAUGGUUUUACUUUUGAGUGUCCUCCUCAAAAGGUCUCGUACUAAUGAGAUUGGCGGACACUAAUAUACAAGGGUUUCUUCCCUUGUAUAACCGAUGUGGUACUUAGAUUGUCCCAUAACAAUCCUCCCCUCAAGCCAAGGAGGCAAGGACCACGAACAUCGUGUCCUCACCUCAGCGAUUAUCUUGAUCCGCCAGACACCUUGUAUCGAUGGGCUUCUCGGUACAAGGAUUUUCCCAGUCGCGGAAGUAUCUUUGAUCCGCCAAACAGACGUGGAUCUCUCCUAGAUCCACCAGAAAGAAGCAGACCUCCCUUGAUCCGCCAAACCAGAUGUAGCCCAAACGUGGAUCUCUCGUGGAUCCACCAAACAGACGCGAAUCACCUUUGACCCGCCAGACAAACGCAAAUCUCAAAUCCCGAGGCUACCGAACGAGGGUCCACCGAACAGACGUCCACCGGCCCGGAUCUGCUGAACCAAGCUCUGAUGCCACUUGUCAUACCUGGGCAGCCCAUUAGUACGAUAUUGUCCGCUUUGGGCCAAGCCCGCACGGUUUUACUCUUGGGUGUCCUCCCCAAAAGGCCUCAUACUAAUGAGCUUGGUGGACACUAAUAUACAAGGGUUCCUUCCCUUGUAUAACCGAUGUGGUACUUGGAUUGUCCCAUAACAAUUUUUCCGAUGUGGUACUUGGAUUGUGCCCUGACAUCAAUCUUGUGAACCAAGCAAUUCACCCAAGCAAGCUUCCACACUCUUGUUUGCUUCUGUUACGCAACUUCCUUAAGCAAUCUUUUCCAGCCUGACUUCUAUACAAAAUUACCAACAAAAUCAACAUCCAGAACAUACGAUCAAACUGUAAUUCCCAAGGAAUCAAGAGCUCAAACAACCGAUUAAACAUGCAGUCCAAAUCAUGAGUUUCAAAACUCAAAUCAACAUGAAUGUUUCCGUGAAACCUCCCGCCGGGUUUCCAUACAUAAUUGGCUGCUCCAGAUUCAUCCAAACUUGCAGAAUCACCAUCCUACAUGCUCUCCAUCAUUGUACGCAAACAACAUCUUGUUUUCUUAACGAGAAAGUGGUUCACACCGACUACAACAUUCCCACUCGACGACCAAGUAGAACGGACGACAUGGUGUAGCAUAGGGCAAGCAAGCAAUACAAUAUAUCGAACCACGGGGAUCUAGGCUUACCCUAGUUUAGGUUUAGGUUUCAUUAUCUAGCCAACCUAGAGUAGUGAUUAGAAAAACUAAACCAACUAUACUACCCUAGUUAAUUACAAGUUUGGGAGCUUUCUUGGGUUGAAUCCCCUAGUUUUGUCCUUUAGAACGAUGUUGAGUACUAUUCCAGCUUAAUCGACUCACUACCCUACCGUUAGGAGAUAGGCUCGUUCGGGAAUGACCCGAGACGGCGAUGUGAUGGAUGGGUAAGUCCUUUAUUCAAUAUAGGGAUUCAUAUAUUGCUAGGAGACAGAUGGAAUCAACUCUCUCGAGGAUUACCCGGACAAUAUACGAUAGGAUGACCC